AUGAACAUCAUUCGUUUAUUUUCAUUUUUAACCAUCUUUGGUUUACUCUACUUAGCCACAACAGGCGUUUAUGGUAAAGAAGAUGCUGACGUAGAAAUUGGCGAAGAAGAAGAAACUAUUUUACGUCCCGAUGAAACAGUAGGAUCUACAAGUGACACUCUUGAAACCAAAGAAGAUGAAGAUUUAGACCGUAUACCAUCAUCACCAGAAUUCCGUACGAACUAUGUGUUUAUUCAACCACCAAGAGCUAACGAAUUAUUUGCUGGGAAAUUAACUCGUUUACUCGUCGGUGCACGCAAUAAUGGUACACAAAGUUUCGUUGUGGAAUCAAUUGAUGGUUCAUUACGUUAUCCGCAAGAUUUUACUUAUUACAUUCAGAAUUUUACCGCUUUACGAGCAGAAAAAACUGUGGAACCUGGCUUGGAAUCAACAUUCGAAUAUUUAUUCAUGCCAAGUGAAACUUUCAAUGGUCGACCAAUGGGUUUAGUUGUUUUAGUUAAUUACCGCAAUAACGAAGGAAAACGUUUUCAAAAUGUUGUCUUCAACCAAACAAUCAAUUUCAUCGAUGCCGAUGAAGGAUUUGACGGCGAAACAUUCUUUCUUUAUAUCUUUCUCGGUGCCAUCUUAGUUCUUUUGGGCUUCGUCGCUUAUCAAUACUUACUCGCCAAUCGUGUCAAACGAGUCAGCGGUAAAUUAGGCUCACAAAACCUUGCAUCUCAACAAGGCAAAGGCAACUAUGAUGUCGAUUGGAUUCCAAAACACCAUCUUCCUCAAAACCGAUCGCCAAAGAAAAGUCCACGUGAACGUAAAUCUCGAUCGGCCAAUGGUGUGAAUGGUACCAGUGGUGCUGCCUCGAGCGAAAACGAUGAAUAG